AUGGCGACCUCUCUCCUCGCCCAAUGCUCAACCACCCUCUGGUGCCACCUCCGUUCCCUCCCCCUCUGGGCCUUCGUCCUCGUCGUCCUCCUCCUCGGCGCGCUCCGCCAGCGCAUAUUCCCAUCUUCACCGUCUUCUUCUCCGACCAGACGGCGACGGGAAGCACCGGCCGUCGCGGAUAAGAAGACGUCCGCUUCCUGA